AUGUCGUCGAUCUCUUUGCGGCUGACAUCGUUUCUGGGGUUGUUUCUGCUUUUGUGUAGCAGCUCAGUGGUGGUGGCACGGGAAAUUGGUUUCCCUCCACUCGCACCGUUGCAGGCAAACAAUGGUCAUGCUCAGUAUAGAUCGUCUUUCAACGAUGAGAAGCAGUCUCUUGUUGAUCUUGAUAAGUUUGCCGGCUUGACUACUUUUUCCAACCUCCCCUGGGUCCAUUGCUUGUCGGAAGAGGCGGACGUGGAAAAGUAUGACAUUGCCUUUCUGGGAGCUCCAUUCGACACGGCCACUACUGGAAGACCAGGAACCCGGUAUGGGCCGACGGGGAUUCGACUCGGCUCUCGACGGAUUGCUGCGACCUUCUCCUGGAGUCCUUAUACUCACGACAACCAUUUUCUGCAUUGGGCGCACAUCGUAGACUGCGGAGAUGUGCCCAUGACGUUUCUGGACAAUACCGUAGCCCUGAAACAACUGGAAACCGCUCAUAAGAUCGUCUCACGACGGCCGUCAAACGCAACGGAGGUCUCAACGGUCCCUCGCAUCAUCACACUCGGUGGCGACCAUACCACGACGCUAGUCGCCCUAAGGUCGACCUUUGACCACUGGGGACCCGUCAGCGUCAUUCACUUCGACAGCCACAUCGACACCUGGGACCCGAGCGUUCUCGGAGGCGGGUUUUCAGACUACGCGGGGUUGAACCACGGGACGUUUCUGCACAUUGCACACGAAGAAGGGCUGAUUCUCAACACUUCAGCACACGCGGGGAUUCGAGCACCUGCGCUCAACAAGAAAUACGACUGGAAGAACGACAAGCGAUGCGGGUUUGAAAUCAUCACGGCUCGAGAUAUCGACAAGAUCGGCGUUCAGGGCGUCAUCGAGAAGCUCAAGGCCCGCGUGGGUGACACGAACGUGUACAUCUCGGUCGACAUUGACGUCCUCGACCCUGCUUACGCGCCGGGCACCGGGACGGCCGAAGUGGGUGGAUGGACGACGCGGGAACUCCUCAGCAUUCUCGAUGGACUCGAAGGGUUAAAGGUCGUUGGCGCCGACGUCGUCGAAGUGGCGCCCGUCUAUGACAAUGCGGGAGAAACGACGGUGCUCGCGGCCGCCGAGGUUGCCGUUUCUCUGAUGGGGUUGAUGGUUGAGACUCCUGUGAAGCCUUUGUCGAAGGAGAAGGAGUAA